AUGCCAGACUGGAGAGAACGUGAUGAUUCGGACCGCGGGUAUGGUGGCGGCGGCGGCGGUGGUGGUGAUAGCUACAGCUAUGACCGGGAACGCCGGGAUUACCGUAGCGACCGCGGCGGAUACGACCGUAAUGGCGGUGGCGGAGGAGGGUACCGUUCGGGCGGUUACGGAGGCCGCCGUGAUGACGAUGGUGGCUACCGUGGUGGUGGCGGUGGCGGCGGCUACCGUGGCAAUGGAGGCGGUGGUGGUGGCGGUGGUAGCCGCGGCCCGCCAAGGAUUGACCCGGCGACGGCAAAGACCGAGGUGUUUGAGGUCGAAGCCGAUAAGGUUAAGUUCAUAAUCGGUCGCGGCGGUAACAAGAUCCGUGAAAUCCAGGACCGUUGCCGUGUGUCGGUGCAGAUUGACAAGGCUCGCAACGAGAACGGCGCCAAUAAUGUGUCAGUCAUGGGCGAUCAGCUGAACAUUGAUCGUGCGCGGGAUAUGAUCAAUACCAUCAUUAACGACGAUCGGCGGGACCGUGAGGACGACCGGCGGCGUGACGGUGUUUCCAUGGCCUUCUAA